CUCUUCGCCCCCCUUUUCUCCUCCCCGCCCGCGCCAGGGUGGGCGGGGCCGGCCGCUGGUUAGCUGGAGGAGUGUGAAACCGCGUGUUAAUGUUACCAGCGCAAGAGGCGCAGGCGGCGGCGGCGGAGAUUAGAGCAGGAGCAGCAGCAGGAGCCGGAGCAGGAGCAGGAAGAGCCCGAGCCGGAGCAGCAGCGGCGGAUACACAGUGUCCCGGUUCUUGAGGGGCGGCUGAUUGUUACUCGCUCGGUGCCACUGUCUUGGCGGGCAGCGGCAGCAGCGUCACGGGCCCUCGAGACCCUUGGCCAGCUGAGCACAGCAGUUCACCUCGCCCCUGUUCACUGUGUGACUCCUGAUAGUCCCGUGGAGUUUGCCUAUUGGGGGAGCGGGGGGGGGGGGGGAAGCAGAAAAGAUCGUCAGCGAGCGAGCGAACGGGCUUGCCCCGUGGAUUCUUCCCAGUCUUCCCUCGGCUUAUGGAUGUUGACCCCGGCAUUCUCGGGGAACUUUACUCGUGGCUGGAGCGUCGAUUGUAAAAAGGAAAACACAAAAAGGGAGGGGGCCGCAAGGGUGGAAAAGGAAAAGAAAAAAAAAUCCAAAAAGGAUUAGCAUCGGCAGAAGGAACAAGGGCUGCGGGGCAGUGCGGGUGUCUAUGUAUAUGAGGAGAUGCAGCGGCUGCGGCGGCUGCUGCAUGGGUGUGUGUGAGAGUCGCUCCCCGAUGUGCUCCAGGCGCGAGGCGGCGGCGGUGGCGGCGGCGGCGGCGGCGGCAGCAGCAGCAGCAGGAAGACUGCUGCACCCCGGAGGGCUGCACCCUUCUGAGUAACCGGGAAUUGCCCCAGUUGGUUUGCUCUUUUUGCUACUACCGAGGAUUUUUCUGCAACGGCACAAGAAGACUUACCUUCUACCACCACUAACCACCUCGUCCCUCGCUUGGGCUCGUUUUAGUUGUUGGGAUUUUUGUUCAGUCUUCACUCCAAGACUGCUUGAGUGCAUAUGCUGCGUGGUUACCCCCCUCCUCUCUCGCGCGCGCUCUCUCUCUCUGCACUUUCCUUGCAUCAUUACCCUUCUCUCUGUGGUUGCUGAUCACUUGGCUCUGAGCCUCCACCCGGGGCGUGUGUGUGUGUGUGUGUGUGCGUGCGCUCGCGAGUGUGUGUCUUCUACAUUUUCCCGGGAGCACCUUUGAGCCUAACCGGCCCGAGUAUGUAUGCGUACACUUAUAUGUGAGUGAUUCCGUGUCCCCCUUUGCACCCCUGUCUAGGCGGCGUGGGUUGACAAUUCCUUGCAAAUUCUCCUACUGGCUGCUCUUCCUGGAUAUCAUCUUUAACCCGAGAAGUCAUCCGCUUGCUCGGGGGUUUCCGGUCUCCUGAUUGUUAGUUUGUUUUUGUUGGGGGGUGGGGCAGCGUUCUUUUGCCACCUGCAAGUUGCCCCCCCACGGAGCAAGGGCGGGAGGGGGGGGGGGGGAGAAAGACUGGAUUGAUUUGCCCUGGACCUGCGCAGCUCGCGCAUCAGAGGGGAGUGGUUGCUGGUGGGGGAGUUAACCUUGGUCCCUUGGCCGUCGGGGAGGAAGACCUGCGCGCCCACCAUCUCCGACCUCACUGCCGGAGCUGGGUGAUUCCAUUGUCCACCUCGGGUCGGUUCUCUUCUUCCUGAAUCCCAGAAACUCUCCUCUUCCCUCCCCCACUCCCCGAGGCCGGGCGGCAGACGUUGGCCCCAGCGGGAGGUGGGGGCGGUGAGCAGGAAGAGAGUGAAAUGUGGCCCUGAGCUCGGGGAGGCAGCGACCCACCCGGCGGCUCGGCCCGGCCCGGCCCAGCCUUGAGUAGCCCAAGUGGCCCGACUCCAGCACUGGUCCUGCCUGGUUGUUGUGCGUGCGUGUCUGUAUGUGCGUGUAAUGUCAGUGUCUGUGCGCGCGCGCUUGUGUGUGCAUGUCUAACGCGCACCCCCCCCCCUUCUUUUGCUUGGAUCUUUCUUUCUUCCUGUCUUAAUUUUUCUCGGCGGGAUUAAAGUUGGAAAUUGAGCGGAGAAUUGAGCUGCCCAGGAGCAAGGCAGCGGCUGCCGUCAGAGCGAUGUUCCCGCAAAGCCGGCACCCGACGCCGCACCAGGCUGCAGGUCAGCCCUUUAAAUUCACCAUCCCGGAGUCCCUGGAUCGGAUCAAAGAGGAAUUUCAGUUCCUGCAGGCUCAGUAUCACAGCCUUAAAUUGGAAUGUGAGAAAUUGGCAAGUGAAAAGACAGAAAUGCAGAGGCAUUAUGUGAUGUAUUAUGAAAUGUCAUAUGGAUUAAACAUUGAAAUGCAUAAACAGACUGAAAUUGCCAAGAGAUUGAAUACAAUUUGUGCACAAGUCAUCCCAUUUCUGUCUCAGGAACAUCAGCAACAAGUGGCUCAAGCAGUUGAACGUGCCAAGCAAGUGACCAUGGCUGAGUUGAAUGCCAUCAUCGGGGUACGUGGUCUUCCAGGGCUCCCGCCUACACAGCAGCAAUUGCAGGCUCAGCAUCUCUCUCACGGCCAUGGACCUCCAGUGCCUCUAACACCUCACCCAUCUGGACUUCAGCCUCCUGGGAUCCCACCCCUUGGAAGCAGUGCUGGCCUCCUGGCCCUGUCUAGUGCAUUGAGUGGGCAGUCUCACUUGGCAAUAAAAGAUGACAAGAAACACCACGAUGCAGACCACCACAGAGACAGAGAACCGGGCACAAGUAAUUCUCUCUUGGUACCAGAUAGCCUAAGAGGAACAGAUAAACGUAGAAAUGGGCCUGAAUAUUCCAGUGAUAUCAAAAAAAGAAAGGUGGAUGAUAAAGACUCCAGUCACUAUGACAGUGAUGGUGAUAAAAGUGAUGACAACUUAGUUGUGGAUGUGUCCAAUGAGGAUCCCUCAUCUCCACGGGCAAGCCCUGCACAUUCACCCCGGGAGAAUGGUAUUGACAAAAACCGCCUGCUGAAAAAAGAUGCCUCGAGCAGCCCAGCAUCCACAGCAUCCUCAGGAAGUUCUGCUUCCUUGAAAUCCAAAGAAAUGAGUUUGCAUGAAAAAGCCAGCACGCCCGUUCUGAAAUCCAGCACACCAACUCCUCGAAGCGAUGUGCCAACCCCGGGCACCAGCGCAACUCCAGGACUUCGUCCAGGCCUCGGCAAACCUCCAACAAUGGACCCCCUUGUUAACCAAGCUGCUGGUUUGAGGACACCUCUGGCAGUACCUGGCCCAUACCCCGCUCCAUUUGGAAUGGUCCCCCACGCUGGUAUGAAUGGAGAGUUGACCAGCCCUGGAGCAGCUUAUGCAAGUUUACACAACAUGUCUCCCCAGAUGAGUGCUGCCGCAGCUGCAGCUGCCGUGGUGGCCUACGGACGCUCCCCAAUGGUUGGUUUUGAUCCCCCUCCUCACAUGAGAGUACCUACAAUCCCUCCAAAUCUAGCAGGAAUCCCAGGGGGCAAACCCGCAUACUCCUUUCACGUUACUGCAGAUGGUCAGAUGCAGCCCGUACCUUUUCCCCCCGAUGCCCUCAUUGGACCUGGAAUCCCUCGACAUGCUCGUCAGAUCAACACCCUUAAUCAUGGAGAAGUAGUAUGUGCAGUUACUAUCAGCAACCCCACGAGACACGUGUACACUGGUGGGAAGGGAUGCGUCAAAGUCUGGGACAUCAGCCAACCUGGCAAUAAGAGUCCAGUCUCUCAGCUGGACUGUCUGAACAGAGAUAAUUACAUCCGUUCCUGUAAAUUGCUACCUGAUGGCUGCACCCUUAUAGUAGGUGGAGAAGCUAGUACGUUAUCGAUUUGGGACCUGGCAGCUCCAACCCCACGCAUCAAAGCUGAGCUGACAUCCUCAGCUCCUGCCUGCUAUGCCCUGGCCAUCAGCCCCGAUUCCAAGGUCUGCUUCUCCUGCUGCAGUGAUGGGAACAUUGCGGUGUGGGAUCUGCACAACCAGACACUGGUCAGGCAAUUCCAGGGCCACACAGACGGAGCCAGCUGUAUUGACAUUUCGAAUGAUGGCACCAAGCUCUGGACGGGAGGUUUGGACAAUACGGUCAGGUCCUGGGACCUGAGAGAAGGGCGGCAGUUGCAGCAACAUGACUUCACAUCACAGAUCUUUUCUCUUGGAUAUUGCCCAACUGGAGAAUGGCUAGCAGUCGGCAUGGAGAGCAGUAAUGUGGAAGUAUUACAUGUCAAUAAACCAGACAAGUACCAGUUGCAUCUUCACGAAAGCUGCGUGCUAUCACUAAAGUUUGCUUACUGUGGUAAAUGGUUUGUGAGUACUGGAAAAGAUAACCUUCUAAAUGCCUGGAGGACCCCCUAUGGAGCCAGUAUAUUCCAGUCCAAAGAGUCCUCAUCAGUACUUAGCUGUGACAUCUCUGUGGAUGAUAAAUACAUAGUCACUGGCUCUGGAGACAAGAAAGCUACAGUCUAUGAAGUGAUCUACUGAAAACAUGAUGUGGUUUUAACUUUUAGAGUUGAACUGGGCCAAAAUGUUUUGAAUUUGUAGAAGUAGAAAGGUUGUAACUUAAGGAACAAAAAGAAAUCUGAUGUUUCCAAACCUUUUCAUGAAACUACUCCGAGUCCACAAAAAGAAGGUAACAUCCAGCAAAUUAAAUAAAGGUCACCUGCCUAGACCCAAAGGAAGCAUGGAGGCAAAAAUGAAUGGACAGAUCGCCAAGGUCUUAGGAUUCAGGAACUGAGUCUGUUGAAGAAUGUUGGAGCCUUUUUUUUUUCUUUCUCUGUGACCUCCUACAGAUUGCUCUCAUUGCCUGAAUAUGUGAGAUUACCUUUCUGUUCUUUGCAGUUCAACUUGCAUUCUGUCCUAUGUAGAGCAGUGGUGUCUCCGAUGAACUUGUUCCCUGGUUUUGCAUCUUGUGAUAUGUUUUUUGUAUUUUUGUUGAAGGUUAAACAUUUGUAUAAAUUGUAAAUAUAUUUGGUUUAUUACAGUAAAGGCUUUAGUACCAACAAGUGUUUUUCCCCUUCUUUAUUAAGGCUUUGUCAGGGUGUUGGGAGUGGGGUAGAGGCAUUAAUACGGGUUUUAUAAGCAAAUCCAAAAAUC